UUGAGUCAGGUCACAUGAUUGCUAUAUAUGCCAGUUUUUGAAUCAACAUAGGCUGCCUAUCUGUGUUGUAAAUUCAAGGCAUCCUGAUGCAUCAAAGAAUGUGCUGGGAAGAAGAGAGAGGUGGGGCAGGGGAGGUGCCCUUUGCUACUUUUCCUAAUUAUCCAACUGCCUGACCAUUUGGGAACAAGAGUGUAUUGCUGUAAACAAUGAAUAGCUCUGAUCUAGAAACAAGUAAUGUUUUCCAGUUGUGGAGUGAUUAAACUAAACAAGAUCUGCUGUAACCAAGCCUCUGAGAAUCUCGAGAAUUGCAAGCUCCUGUGCAGUUUAUGCGGUUGAACAUGGAAUUACCUUUGACAGAGUGCUGUUCACAUCACUGUGUGUGUCACCUGACAGCCUUGUGCUGCAGGAUGAACCUAAUACAGAGCUAUUAUUAGUAAGGGUGUGCAAGCAAAGAAACCUUUCUGUGGAUUACAUUGCUGGACUUCCCAAGCAACAAUGUUACCCAGCUGGCCUGCUCCAGAGUUCAAUCCCAGCCAGAUAAGACUUAUAGUCUACCAAGAUUGUGAACGACGAGGGAGAAAUGUGCUGUUUGAUUCCAAGAAAACUGAAGAAACUUCAUCUUCAAAAGUUUGCAAUGAAAUCCAAACAAAGAUUCUCGAGAAAUAUUGCCAUUCAAAAUGCAAUACUUGUAUCAGCUCAUCAGAUAGCUUCUCAUCCACCUCGUCAUCUGCCCCUAACUCUAAAGAUCAGUCCUCGAAAUGCCAGAGCUCUCGACAAUCCUCGGAUGCCAACAUGCUCGGUGAGAUGAUGUUUGGUUCUGUGGCAAUGAGCUAUAAAGGUUCCACAUUAAAAAUUCACCAGAUCCGGUCUCCACCCCAACUCAUGCUCAGCAAAGUUUUCACAGCUCGUACUGGAGGUAGUGUGACUGGAAGUUUGAAUACGUUACAAGACAGCCUUGAAUUUAUUAAUCAAGACACUACCACAUCAAAACCUUACUCGGAUCAAAAUAUUCUGAUGAACAGUCUUGUAGGUUUUUCGCAGCUUUGCAGCCCUAGGCGGGCACCAGGUCUUUCUGAGCCAGCACCGCUCCGCCUGAUCCGGAGCGCUUCUUUCUUUGCAGUUCAUAGCACCCCAAUGGACAUGCCCAGCAGAGGAAUCAAUGAAGAUAGAGACAGCGGGAUAACACGAUCUGCUUCCCUGAGCAGUCUGCUGAUCACACCCUUUCCUUCACCAAGCUCCUCACUUCCAAGUAGUUGUGCAAGCAGUUACCAUCGUCGUUGGCGACGCAGUAAGAAUACCAGUCUUGAAAAUGGAGUUUUCCCCAGGUGGUCAGUAGAGGAGAGUUUUAAUAUGUCUGAUGAAAGCUGUAGUUCAAAUCCUUCCAUUGUUCGAAAAAAGAAGAUUGCUAUUGGCAUUAUAUUUUCGCUAUCACAGGCUGAGGAGGAGAACAAUAAGUUUCAUGAAUUCUUCUUUGCUCAUUUCCCUCUCUUUGAGAGUCAUGUGAACAGACUGAAAUUUGCUAUUGAGCAGGCUAUGAAAAUGAGAAAUAGAAUUUCUGAGACAAACCAGCGUGUCGUGAGUUCCAAUAGAAUUGUGGAUGCUUUAAAUGAAUUCAGGACGGCAAUACAUAAUCUUUACACAAUGCCAAGGAUUGCAGAGCCUGUAUGGUUGACUAUGAUGUCUGGGGCUCCUGAAAAAAACCUCCUUUGUCAACAGCUCAUGAGAGAAUUUGCUUUGUUAAUGGAGCAAGCUUCAAAGAACCAAUUUCUACCUGCCCUCAUUACUGCUGUGCUCACGAAUCAUCUCGCCUGGGUCCCCACAGUUAUGCCAAAUGGUCAACCACCUAUUAAGGUUUUCUUGGAAAAACAUUCCUCUCAAAGUGUUGAUAUGCUUUCAAAAUCAAACCCCUAUAAUCCUCUGUGGGCCCAAUUAGUUGAUCUGCAUGGUGCAAUAGGUUCUCCUGUAAGAUUAGCCCGGACAGUGGUGGUUGGCAAGCGGCAAGAACUGGUCCAGCGGCUACUGCACUUCCUCACCUAUUUCAUUCGAUGCUCAGAGCUGCAGGAGACCCAGCUAGUGGUGGAAGGCGAUGGUGAUUCUGAAAUGAGCGAGUCAGUAAUGACCACAUCCCUUGAGAAAGGGGAGGUAGAAGAGUCCGAGUACGUCGUGGUUACACUUCACCGGAAUAAAAGUUCCCUUUUUCCAACCAUUUUACAAAACCAAAAUGCUCUUUCGCGGAACAGUGCUGUUGGUAUCCAUCAGAGCGAGAAGUGCCCCCUUCACCCUAGAAAAGAACACCAAGAUAUUAACAGGCAGGAAGAGGCAAGUGGUUCAAAUGAUGCAUUGAUGCAAUCUCACAGGAAUUUGUGGGAAACAAAUUGUGGUCCAAAUAGCUGUACUGCAAAUUUGCCAGCUCUCUGCAGAGAAGAUGCCAUCAAGCCAUACAAAGAAAGCAUACACCCUCUGCAGGAAACCAAGACCGAGACAUUGGUGUCUGUCAGAUCUGCAGCUGUAGACCAAAGCCUCAUUGUAGAACCUGUAAUAGAGAAACAGCCUCCUGAUAAACAGUUGCCUCCUUCUAUUCCCUGUAGUGAAAAUCAUCUCCAGAAUUGUCCCAGUUCAAUGCAAAAAGUAACUUUUCAGAUUGGUGAAUCACUCUCACCUGACUCUGAUACAGAAGCCAAGAGAAAAGAGACCAGUGAGGCACUACAGAAAGGCAUUGAGCAGCUUAAAAAAAGAGCACAGGAAGAGUUAUCGAAGAAAACUCUGGGCCAAAAUAAAACGAAUAGGAUAAAGGAAAUAUUGUCCAAUACACAGAGUUAUGAAUGGGAUCCUUCACAUGAAGGAAGCUUGAGUCUAUUUGAUGAGUACUUUAAUGAAGGUAAUUUAAUAGAAGCAAAGACCAUCGAUGAUCUUCCUAAAGAGGAUUUGCAAGAAGUUGGACAGCAAAAUAUUUUGGAUCUGGGACUUGGUAUUCAGGACAAUGAACAGCAAUGUGGCAUGAAUGGGAGCAGUUGCAUUUGCACUUGUAAAGUGUAUGCAAUGGAUUUAGAAUCACAUUCACUCAGUUCUGCUGAGCAGGACACCAGAGACAAGGCCUCUAUUCAUAACCACUAUGCAGAAGAUCAUUCACAGAAAAAAGCACCACCUGUGAUCGAAUGGGAUAUUCCCAGAAAUGAAAGCUCAGAUAGUGCCUUGGGUGACAGUGAGAAUGAGGAUGCAGGGCAUGAAUUGUCCAGACAUAGUUACUACAGUACAGAGCAAGAUGACUGGCUGGAACAGAUACCUUUUCCUGGAUCAAAUGCAAUUGAAAUAAACUGCAACAAACCCAGCAUAGCAAAUUUUGGGAGGUCUCUUUUUGGUGGUUAUUGUCCUCAUUAUGUGUCAGACUUUGUCCUGCAUGGAACAGGCAGCGAUGAGAAGUUGAAACAGUGUUUGCCAUCAGAUUUAACACAUGCUGUUCAGCAUCCUGUGUUGGAUGAACCUAUAGCAGAAGCUAUUUGCAUUAUUGCGGAUUUGGAUAAGUGGACAGUCCAGGUUGCAAGUAGUCAGAGGCGCGUCACGGACAGCAACAAACUUGGGAAAGAAGUACUUGUAUCCAGUUUAGUAUCUAACCUGCUUCAUUCCACCCUGCAACUCUACAAACUAAAUCUGUCUCCAAACUUUUGUAUAAUGCACCUUGAAGAUCGGUUGCAGGAACUGUAUUUCAAAAGCAAGAUGUUGUCAGAAUACCUUAAGGGCCAAAUGAGAGUUCAUGUGAAGGAAUUGGGCAUGGUAUUAGGGAUUGAAUCCAGUGACCUGCCCUUGCUGGCAGCUGUAGCAAGCACUCAUUCUCCAUAUGUGGCCCAGAUAUUGCUUUGAAUUUCUCAAUUGCCAAGUUGUGCUAAACAAUUGGAAAAGGAAAUGACUGCACAGAAUGGAGGACAGCACCAAAAUAUUUACAUUUCCCAUGCCUGUAAUCCUGUAGUCCUGUCAUACAUGGCAAGGCCCUCUGCAUUUUAGCUGCAUGAAAAUGCCACAGAAGAAUAUCAUGCUGGUGGAAGGAAAAAAAAGACUCUGCUAUAGAGCAAAACAGUCACUUUUCUCAAUGCCGUUAAACUGUCUACAACACAUAGAAAGUUUUGGACUGGGAGACCAAAAAGGGAUAGUGAAAUAUUCUUUUUCCAGAGUUUAAAUGGUAUUUGAACAACCACAUUUUGAAACCAAGAGCAAGAAAUUUCAGCUUUUUCUUCUGACUUAAACUAUGAUGUUGCAUGUAUGGACAUUUUUUGACUUCAGGGAAGUCGGACUAACUCCUCCUGUUUUUACUGAACCUGCACAUAUUUGCGCAUUUUUAUUUUUUGUACUCCAUGGACAGAGUAUUUGGAAAGAUGUUUUGUAUGUUUACUUUUACAAAAACCCGCUUAAGAAUAAACUUUAAAAAAAAGUCUGUUUUAAUGUUUUAAAUACAUUGAUGUAACUGACAAGAAUUGAACAAUGCUAAUCAUUGCCUUUAAUUAGAGAAAUUGUUAUCUGUGAUCGUUCUUGCUUCACUUUUUCUAAAAUUUAAGCAUUGAUGCAGCAAGUUGGAUAAAAUCAUAUAGGAAAGAUCAGUCACAGAUUCAAUAUUCAUUUAUUUCUAUCAGUAACAGACCUUCAGUCAGGUGAUCUGACCAAAACUUAUCAUUUGAGAAUGAUUUGUAAUGGGGAGGGGAAAUCAAUUCAAUGCUGUACUACCUCAGUUAAUUCUGCACCAAGGAAUUGUUGUGCUCUCAUUUCCCUGCUACCAAAUUUCUUGUUUAGCUGGCUUUUAUUUGUAAUUUGUCUGUUAUUCAGCUCACGGUGCUAAGUGAUGUAGUAGAGUACUCCAUUCAGGCACUGGCACCACACGUGGGUGGAGCUCACGAAAGAAAUUAGGAGUGGAAGAAAUGUAAACUUUAACUAAUUAAAAUGGUGAGAACAGGAUAUUAUCUUCAAAAUGUGGUUCUGGAUUUGGAUAGUUUAAUGCAUUCCUAGUGGAUCAUGUGAAUAAAAUAUAGCGAAGAGACAAUCGUAUUUUCAUGUCCAUAGUGAAUUCUAUACAUGAUCCUAACUACAUUUUUUUAUGCAGUAUUUUUCAACAUUUUUACAAUAUAGUAAUCUCUCUAAGACUUUUUCAUAUCCUCACAACCCAGUGCCAACCAAGUUGAGGAUGGAUUAGGAAUGUUAGGCAAGGAUAUCAUUUAGCAAUCCAGUUGACCACCACUAUGACAAGUAAAAUCUUUCAGGAGUAGAGCAGUAAGAGGGUGAAAUGCAGACAAUAAACCAAAGUAAAUCAAAUCUUUAAUAGUAGCCAUCCACUCUUGGGGGGGGGGGGGGGGAGUUAGAUUUAUUAAUAUUUUCCAUUGGAACUCAUUUGUACCAGUGUCUAUACUGUAUCUGUCUGAUGCAGCAAGAGUCAUCUUUGUUGUUUUUUCUUCUUUACCUCACUUCAGUAUUCAUAAUUAGGAGAGUAUCCCAGCUAAAGCCAUUUAGAGAAGAGGGGAAAAAUUAGUGUUUAUGGCAGCACUAGCAGAAGCUAGGAUUGCAGACACCAUUUACUGCCUUGGUCAAGACGUAAUAUAUAGAGAAAGAGGGAAAGGGAGGAAAUAAAUCCUAGCCAGGAAGAAGUCUUAAAAAAAAAAAUGAGAGUGCCUUUUGAAACCCAUCCCAAUGUUGCUGAAGUAAAUAUCUUUGGAAUUUGUUCUGCAUAGUCUGAGCCAGCUACAGUAUGAAUUGAUUUUGUUACUAUAAUCACAGCCUUAAUCAGAGGAAAUUUCCAUAAAGGCAUUGGCUAACAAUAAAAACCCUUUUUUUGGUUGAGGUAGUAAUGUGCACAUUGCAAGGUACAAUUUAAAAAGAAAUGAGUUUACUUUAAUAAGGGAUACAUGGAUUGCUUGGGAGGAAUACUUUCUCAUCCUCUACUGUAGUCAAAGGCAGUAGGUUUGUACAAACAAAGCUUUUCUUUCAUGUGUUAUGGUUUUAAAGUCUUAAGGGAGAUUGUGUAAUUUUUCAAGAUAACUAAAGUAAUUUCUAAAUAAUUGCAACAUGAAUGCUGAGUAAGUGCAAGAUAUCAUUGUAUUUAAUAUUUUGUCAAUUGUAAUUGUCUUUUACAGUAUUUUUAAUUUAUUUGACUCAAAUGGAAGUUGUCUAAACUGCACAAAAUGUCCAGGACAUUCUGUAAAUAUUCUUCUUUCAGUGUGCACUAUGUAUUAACCAUUUGUUACUUUUGGAGAAUUCUGUGCAAUAAAUACGUU